AUGAAGAUCUCGCGAUCCAUUCCAUUUACUGACACAUAUAUCAGCCAGACAAUCAGCGACAAAUACGGCGAGGACUCGCGGCUGAUCUACAACCUCGAGGACCAGGGCGGCGAAGCCUGCUCCCUGCGAUAUGAUCUCACCGUUCCCUUCGCACGUUGGCUCGCCAUGCGCAGUGACGUUCAGCACAUCAAGCGGUACCAGAUCGCCAAAGUGUAUCGCCGUGACCAGCCUGCCGUCUCCCGCGGGCGCCUUCGCGAGUUCUAUCAGUGCGAUUUCGACAUUGCGGGCAUCUACGAUCCCAUGAUCCCCGACGCUGAGAUCCUGCGCAUCAUUGCCGAGGUUUUUGAGGCGUUUGAUAUGGGCAUCACUAUCAAAAUGAACCACCGGAACAUCUUGGACGGCUUGUUCGCGGUGGCCGGAGUGCCAGAUGAUAAGAUUCGCCCGAUUAGCUCCGCUGUUGAUAAACUGGACAAGAUGUCAUGGGACGAAGUGAAGAAAGAGAUGGUCGAGAAGGGCCUUUCCGAAGAGGCCGCCGAGCACGUGGGCCUUUACGUGCAGCGCAGUGGCACCAUGCGCGAGAUGCUGUCCAGUCUGGAGGCAGACGCCAACCUGAUCAUGAAUCAGAAUGUGAAAGAAGGUGUGGCCGACCUCAAACUGCUUGCCACUUACAUAGAAGCCAUGGGCGUAGGUUCCAAGGUUUCGUUCGACCUAUCGCUAGCAAGGGGUCUGGAUUACUACACGGGGCUGAUCUACGAAAUCGUCCCUGACCGUAUUGAUGGCCAGUCCACUCAGGUCGGAAGCAUUGCUGCCGGAGGUCCCUAUGAUAACCUGGUAGGGAUGUACGGUCGACGUCCCGUGCCUUGCGUAGGUAUAUCAUUUGGAAUUGAUCGGAUCUUCACCCUCUUGGCUGAGCGACGCAAGAACAAGAAAGCCUCCGAGCUGGGCCGCGAGGCUGAUGUCUAUGUCAUGGCCUUUGGGGGCAAGGACUUCGAAGGCCUUUUGGUCGAGCGCAUGGAGGUGGCCCGACAGCUCUGGGAUGCAGGCAUCCGUGCCGAGUUCACUGCCAAAGUCAGACCCAAACCGCAACAGCAAUUCAGUGCCUCAGAGGGCGCGCCCGUCGCUGUCAUACUUGGUCAGGAGGAGCUAGAUGCGGGACAGGUUCGUGUCAAGCAACUUCACGUCGGGGACAGAAAUUCUGCACAGAAAGAUAAAGGACAGCUAGUUGCCAGACAGGAUGUGGUCGACGCAGUGAGAGCAUUGCUGGCGUUGAGCGUAGAGGGAUCAUGA